ACGUUCUCACAAAUGGCGGCUCUCUUAGCGCCGUCCCUGUGAGUUCUGAGAAGUGCAUGCGGUAUUACGCGCGUAUUGUAGCUCUUUUACAAAAAACCUUAUCGAUAGAAAAAAAAAAAAAAAAAGAAAACUUAAAUUGUAUACGAGGAGGUGUUUUCACCCUUGCCCUUCAAUACAAAGCGGACAGGCUCUUAAAAGUCCAACAUGCUCGACCCAGUGUCUGUCCUGUGGUUGGUGGCCGUCGCAGCGCUGUGGGGCUUCUCAACACCUCUCCUUCGACGAGGCAGUAAAGGCAUGGAAGACAUCAAGCGGUCUGGCGCCCUCAACCAGUGGUUCGCCGAAAUCAAGUUUCUGGCAACCAAACCACAAUACAUACUUCCGUUUCUCAUAAACCAGAGCGGAUCUGCCAUCUAUGCCCUUGCCCUGGGGUCGACUGAUCUCUCUUUAGCGGUGCCACUAACGAACUCCCUCAAUUUCGUUUUCGUUACUGUGGCUGGACGACUUCUCGGAGAGACUACGGGAAACGCAAGCACCUACAUUGGGAUGGCACUCGUCACGACAGGGGUCACGCUGUGCAUAGCAGACAGGGCAUGGAAUCAAGGUUAGAGAGCCGUGAUGUGAGAACCAAGGCUUUAGAAAGUGCUUUGAACAAACAAGUGAAUGCAAGUGGAAUGGCAAAGGUGAUGAAAACAAAUGGGAAAAAAAAUGUGUCUACAUUCCCCAAAGGUGCCUCAGAUGCAACAUCCACUUGCAUCCGAUUGAAGACUGCCUGAACGUUGAGGAUGUCAUCAUGAACUGCAUUUGGUGCCAUCUGCUUGUUGGUUGUUCUGGGACCGUUUUUCGAUUGAAAGCUCGUUUCUGGUGAGAAUGAAGGUGGUGUUACGGGAAAUAGAAGAGAAAAGGUGUGGCAUUUCUUUCUUCUAGGGCAUGUUGGUUUCAGAACUUGGGGGAGUUGUUUUCUUUGUUACACUUCUAGUAAUUGCGUACUAUACUCCAUUUCAUACUUAAUAUACAACGCUGUCAAAGCUAUUUUCAUCUAUGGUUUUGUCUGCGCGAGAGCAUGUGCAAAUGAUCAAUGAGAUCCAACCCCAUGCCCACACCAGCAGCUUUGGCAGCAUUAUAUAUUAUGUGUAAAAUGGAGUAUUGUUACUCUAAAGGCUGUUUAUGAAAAAGAGUGUAUGUGGUGCUUUUUCGCGACGUAUUGCAUUCGGUAUUAUGUGGUACCAAUCUCUAAAAUCGAGACUUUGCAUUCCGAGUUUUUUUUUGUUUUUUGUUUUUCGUCUAAUCCUCUUUAUUUUAUAAAACAUUGUACAUACAGAAUUGAAAUUUCUUGCUUCAUUAUUUCCUUUUGAAUUUGAGUAUUUCCAAGAUGGAAGAGCAGGAGCACUUUGACGACGAUGACUUUUUUGGUGCCUGCAAAGAAAAUAAAUCUCUAAAAUUAAAACUUUG